CCAUCAAAACUUGAAAUUGACUCUGCUACGCCAUUACGUCAUUCUGGCUAACUCGCAUUGCUGUCGAAUUAUUGUCCCUCCAACCUCCGCCCCUACAGUCAUGCUUCAGACAUUGAUGGACUAUUUUGAAAGCAGCCAGACGAAAACCUAUUCUAAAAGUGUAUUUCAUUCACUGCUACAUUAGAAAAGUGUCGUUUUACGUAGACGUAGAAUAAGCGGCUAUACUUCCGCAAUUUGGAGUAGCUAGCUACUGUAUGCAUGGGAGAGAACCAGGGUGAGAGAGGAGAGAAGCUUUGACACCAAGGAAUUGCUGCCCUGUACGCCCAGCACAGCUAGCUGUCUGCAUUGGACUGACCCAUUUAGCGACGCCCUUGCGGAGGAGGAGCCAUGACUGAGGGGGAGGGGCACUUUUACAGCCAGCAGGUGGGUGACUCCACCUUCACCGUGUUGAGGAGGUACCAGCAGCUCAGAGCCAUUGGCUCCGGGGCCCAGGGCAUCGUCUGCUCAGCUCUGGACAAUGUCCUCGGGAUCCCGGUAGCAGUGAAGAAGCUCAGCCGCCCGUUUCAAAACCAGACCCACGCCAAGCGGGCUUACAGGGAGCUGGUGCUCCUCAAGUGUGUCAACCACAAAAAUAUCAUACGGUUGCUGAAUGUGUUCACACCGCAAAAAUCACUGGAGGAGUUUCAAGAUUUGUACCUAGUGAUGGAGCUGAUGGAUGCGAGCCUGUGUCAGGUGAUCCACAUGGACCUGGAUCAUGAGAGGAUGUCCUAUCUGCUCUACCAGAUCCUCUGUGGCAUCCGACAUCUGCACUCUGCAGGCAUCAUCCACAGGGACCUGAAACCCAGCAAUAUAGUGGUGAAGUCCGACUGCACUUUAAAGAUUUUAGACUUCGGGCUCGCCAGGACCGCCUGCACCAACUUCAUGAUGACUCCGUACGUGGUGACCAGAUACUACCGAGCCCCAGAGGUGAUCCUGGGCAUGAAGUACAAAGAGAACGUGGAUAUCUGGUCAGUCGGCUGCAUAAUGGGAGAGAUGGUGAAAGGCAGUGUCAUCUUCCAGGGCACAGACCAUAUUGACCAGUGGAAUAAAGUCAUAGAGAUUUUAGGCACCCCCUCCCAGGAGUUCAUGAACCGACUGAUGGAGACUGUGAGGAACUACGUCAUGAACAAGCCUCAGUAUCCCGGAGUCAGCUUCAGCGAGCUCUUCCCUGACUGGGCCUUCCCAGCUGAAACGGAGCACGACAAACUCAAAACCAGCCAAGCUCGGGACCUGUUGUCCAAGAUGCUGGUUAUCGACCCAGAGUCCCGCAUCUCGGUGCAGGACGCCUUGAACCACCCCUAUAUCCACGUGUGGUACGACCCAGCCGAGGCAGAUGCGCCGCCCCCUCAGAUUUCAGACAAGCAGUUGGAGGAAAGAGAACAUUCCAUUGAACAAUGGAAAGAGUUGAUCUAUAUAGAAGUGAUGGACUGGGAGGAGAGGAACAAGAAUGGGGUACUGAAAGAAGAAGGGUCUGUAGAUGGCAUGGUGAACAGCAGCGCCACGGCCUCGCAGUCGUCCUCCAUAAACGACAUCUCCUCCAUGUCCACGGAGCAGACGCUCGCCUCCGACACGGACAGCAGCUGUGCCGACACCCUCACAGAGACGCUGGAGGAGUAGCCCUGAGAACCCCUUCCUCUCUCUCCAUCUCUCUUUUUCUCGCUCUCUCUCGCUCUCUCUCCCCCUCUCUCUCUCUCUCUCUCUCUC